AUGCACGCGGAGAGCGCCGUCAACAGCGGCCGCACGGCGCGCGCCGUCGCCGUCAGCGUCACCGUCAUGGCCAGCCUGGGCCUCAUCGCCGGUGGCGUCACCUGGGCCGUGCUGAGCCGGCUGAGCCCGCCGGAGCUGCGGCCGCUGGACUGGUGGGAGCACUGCGUGCUGUACCAGAUCCACGUCCGCUCCUACAAGGACAGCGAUGGCGACGGAAUAGGGGACUUGAACGGGGUCGCCAUGAGGUUGGACCACCUGAAGGACGCGGGGGUGAAGGCGGUGUGGCUGUCGCCCAUCUUCUCCUCGCCGCAGGUCGACUUCGGCUACGACAUCAGCGACUACCUCGAGAUUCACUACGAGUACGGCACCAUGGCGGACUUCGACCGACUCGUGGCCAAGGCGCACAGCAUGGGAAUAAAAAUUCUGCUGGACUUCGUCCCGAACCACUCGAGCUCGGAGCACCAGUACUUCAAGGACUCGGUGAAGCGGGUCGGCGAGUACGCGGACUACUACGUGUGGGCGGACGGCUUCCCCGACCCCAGCAACGCCAGCAACAGGCUCCCGCCAUCCAAUUGGGAAAGUCUAUUCGGAGGCUCCAUGUGGGAGUGGAACAACGUGCGCAAGCAGUUCUACCUGCACCAGUUCACGACCGGCCAGCCGGAGUUCAACCUGCGGAACCCGGUGGUGGUGAAGAAGCUGGAGGGCAUCAUGAAGUUCUGGCUGGACCAGGGCGUGGACGGGUUCCGGCUGGACGCGCUGCCGCACCUGGUGGAGGCGCCGCCGGACGCGACGGGCCGCUACCCAGACAACCCGGAGGUGCCGGUGAAGGCGUUCACCCACUUCCAGACGGGCACCACGAUGCAGCUAUACACGAAGGACCGCAUCGAGACGUACCCCGUGCUGUACGAGUGGCGCGACUUCCUCGACCAGUACAACGAGGAGCACGGCGGGGACACACGGAUCUUCCUGUCCGAGGGCUACGCGAACAUCUCUAUGACGAUGCUGUACUACGGCACGGAGUCGGGGCGGCGCGGCGCGCACGUCCCCUUCAACUUCGACUUCAUCACCAUGAUCACCAACACCUCCGCCGCCCGAGACUUCGCGUACGUCAUCGAUCACUGGCUCACCUACAUGCCCUUCGGCAUGACCGCCAACUGGGUGUUCGGCAACCACGACAACAACAGGAUGGCGUCGCGUUUCCGAGACACCAUGGUGGACGGGCUGCUCGCUCUGGACAUGAUGCUGCCGGGCGUUGCCAUCACCUACCAGGGCGAGGAGAUCGGCAUGCGGGACGGCUACGUCAGCUGGGAGGACACGGUGGACGUCCUGGCCUGCAACCGCGGGACCCCCGACACCUACCUCGAGUUCUCCCGCGACCCCCCGCGCACCCCCUUCCACUGGGACGACAGCCCCAACGCGGGCUUCUCCAGCGCGCCCAAGACCUGGCUGCCCGUCGGCCUCGACUACAGGGAGCUCAACUUGGCCAAGCAGAAGAGAGAUCCUAUCAGUCACUUUAAGGUGUACCAGAAGCUGACGACCCUCCGCAACGAGAAGACGCUGUCGCACGGGCGGUUGGAGGUGGGGGGUCUGUCGCUGAACACCCUGUACCUGGUGCGGCACCUGCGCGGCCACGACACCCUGGUGCUACUGUUCAACGUGGGCAAGGCGCCGGACACCGUGCGCCUGGAGCGCCUGCCCUACCUCGCGCUGCCCGCGACCGUCUACACCUCCAGCACCCACUCCAUGCGGAGAGAGGGCUACCGGAUCUACUCUCAGGAGCUGACGCUGGCGGACGGAGAGAUGCUGGUGCUGCGCGGCCCGCCCGUCACCUGCUACUGACCUCCGCAGUCCGCACCGAGUAGCGCACAGUAGCUGGAUCGCGCUGUCGAACUUCAGUCGGUCGGUCGGAGAUCACUGAAGUGCACACAG